UGACAGUAUCGAAAAGCGAGCUGGCGCCAUGUGUCGCACCAACGUCAUUUAAACAUCAUAAUCGUUCCGGUUGCUCUGAUAUGAACUGGUUUGAGGAUGCGUUCAAAGACCGGUCAGGUGUACGAAUUCGUAUACGCUCUUUACACUUGCAGUUUAUGAUGUGUUCAAAGGCCUGUCUGUUGCUCAUAUUCUGUUUGGCGUUGAGACAGUCUAAUUCAAUUUGAACGAAGACGCGGUCUCCCGUGGAGUGACAGCUGAGCUAUCCCGGCCAGAGGCGGCAGCUGUGGGAUGUGUCCACGUCCGAGCGCCGCCCUCACACACCGGCUGACGUCCAGCACGAAACACCCACGAGUGAAGUUGCCUUUUUUACUCGGAGUGUGAAUUGUGUUCACGUCAUUGGAGCCGCCGAGCGUGAGACACCUGACUUUGUUGUUGAACUUUUCUCAAGGUUUCAUCAGCAGCAACAGGUAAUUCGCAUCCUGCUGCAAUGAAAACAUCUACACUUGACUGUGACUGGGAAUGACGGCGCAGGCCAACCAGCGGGUGUAGCCACAUCUGGCAGAGCGCUUGCACGAAGCACGAGCCUCGGUGCAGCAAAGCGUCCGGAGAUGGGAGAGAUGGAGGACGAGAGGGAAAGCAAUGGCGGGAAGCUCUUUGAGGACUUCGUGCAGGCUUCCACCUGCAAGGGAACGCUGCAGGCCUUCAACAUGCUGUGUGGAAAGCUGGACCUCGACCCUGCUGACAACGGCUCCUUCUAUGACAGCCUGAAGGCCAAGGUCACCUCCUGGAAGGCCAAAGCGCUAUGGAGCAAGCUGGACAAGAGAAUGUCCCACAAAGAGUACAACAAACGUGAAGCCUGUGUGGGCACCAAGUGCCUCAUCAUCGGAGGAGGUCCGUGCGGCCUGCGCACAGCCAUCGAGCUCGCCUUGAUGGGAGCCAAAGUGGUGGUGAUCGAGAAGAGGGACUCCUUCUCCAGGAACAACGUGCUGCACCUUUGGCCCUUCACCAUCCAGGAUCUGCGGGGGCUCGGGGCCAAAAAGUUUUACGGCAAAUUCUGCGCCGGGGCCAUAGAUCACAUCAGCAUCAGGCAGCUGCAGCUGAUGCUGUUGAAGGUGGCCCUCAUUGUUGCGGUGGAGUUUCACAUCAAUGUGGAGUUUGUCAAGCUUGUGGAACCUCCCGAGAACCAAGAAAAGGAAGGGCAAGGCUGGAGAGCUGCAAUCCGACCUGCUGAUCACCCCGUGGCUGACUUUGAGUUUGAUGUGGUGGUGGGGGCCGACGGGCGCAGGAACACGCUGGAAGGUUUCAGAAGAAAAGAUUUUCGCGGCAAGCUGGCGAUCGCCAUUACCGCCAAUUUCAUCAACAGGAACACGACGGCGGAGGCCAAGGUGGAGGAAAUCAGUGGUGUGGCCUUCAUCUUCAAUCAGAAAUUCUUCCUUGACCUCAAAGAAGAAACAGGCAUCGACCUGGAGAACAUUGUGUACUACAAGGACAACACGCACUACUUUGUCAUGACUGCAAAGAAACAGAGCCUGCUGGAUAAAGGAGUUGUCAUUAAUGAUUACAUGGAGACACAGAGGCUGCUGAGCAGUGAUAACGUUAACCAGGAAGCUCUCCUGUCCUAUGCCCGAGAGGCUGCAGACUUUGGCACCAACUAUCAGCUUCCCACGCUGGACUUUGCCAUGAACCACUGCGGGCAGCCCGACGUGGCCAUGUUUGACUUCACCAGCAUGCACGCUUCAGAGAACGCAGCUCUGGUCAGGGAGAGGUUCGGACAUCAGCUCCUGGUUGCGCUAGUAGGAGACAGCCUGUUGGAGCCUUUCUGGCCCAUGGGGACAGGCUGCGCUAGAGGCUUCUUGGCUGCCUUUGACACGGCCUGGAUGGUGAAGGGCUGGGCUCAGGGUCGAGCAGUUCUUGAGUUGCUGGCAGAGAGAGAAAGCAUUUACAGGUUGCUGCCACAAACAACACCUGAGAACAUCACCAAAAAUUUGGAACAGUACACCAUCGACCCUGCGACGCGAUACCCCAACCUCAUCUCCUCGUGUGUCAGGCCUCACCAGGUGCGUCACCUGUACUUGAACGGAGAGCUGAAUUCGUGCUCCCUAGAGCGUGCCGCCUCCAUCCGGCGACCAGUUAAUAUCUGCAGACGAGAUUCUGAAAUCAGGCCGGCAAGGCUUCUCACGUGGUGCCAGAAACAGACCGAAGGUUACAAGAAUGUAACAAUCACAGACCUGACCUUCUCUUGGAGUAGUGGCCUCGCCUUGUGCGCCUUGAUCCACAGGGUCAAACCCCAUCUGAUAGACUUUGAGUCAUUGAAUGAGGAAAACCAGGACGACAACCUCCAGCUGGCUUUUGACAUCGUGGAGCGGGAAUUUGGAAUCAGACCAUUCGCAUCUGUGAAAGAGCCGAGCGGCUCCUUGGAGCUGGAAAAGACCAAAAUCAUCAACUACCUAUCCAAACUCUACGAACUUUUCCGAGGCACACCUUUACCUGAUGCAGGAUCCAGACGAGCGGACGAAAAUAGUGAAGAUUAUCCAUCUAAGGAAGUCCGAAGUAACAAUAAUUUUGUUAAUCUUGCACUGCCAAGGAAACGAAUUCCAAAGGAUGACAAAAAGACAGACGGUACGGACACUAUUUACAAAAGGAGAAAAUUUUGCUCUUACCUGGAGGAGAUCAUUGCUGUCUUUCAGGCCACUAAUCUGCCCACUCAAAGUACCGGUACUUCAUUGUGCGACCGAAGGCAACCCAAAGAGAACAAAGUGCGCUCAAUGGCGACACAGUUGCAGGCCAAAUUUGAGAGCACAACAAGCUACAGCCAAUGGAAACAGUCAGACAGCGAGAGUUCCUCCCCUCUUCAAACGCUCAUCUCUGCUGAGUGCGAGCACUUUAAAUUAUCGCCUCCCAUCCCGCCCAAGCCUCCACCUGAGAUACAGUUUCAACUCGAUAUCAGACGGGUGGCACAAAACUUAAUCCCCACGGAGCCUCGACUCAAAGCCCGAGAGCUCCCGGCUCAGUCGCAGCACUGCUUCUCUAUGGUCAAGCUCAGACAUGUGGCUCAGACACACGAGCAGGUCAAGACCUCACCAGAACCGGAGAGCCAAGCGUGUUCGGCGCCCUACGUCCACUCUGCGGUUACGUUCAUGUCCAGAGUUCUGCAGCGCCUCAAGGAGGUGGAUGAACUCGUCUGUGAGAAAAAAGCUCAGUCGCAACAAGCGAGAGAAUUUCAGUCAAAGAGCAUAAAGGAGAAAGCGCUCCACCUCAGCGGUUUGAUCUCAGCAGACAGCUCUGUUGUUAUCAAGGGCAGCUCGGUCCAAAGGGCGUUCCCCCAGUCGGCUGAAAAGUGCCACUCAUGCGAGCGGCGUGUUUAUUUGGUCGAGCGGAUUUGUGCCGAGGGCUUCUACUUCCACAGGGAGUGCUUUCGCUGCACCACCUGCAGCUCUGCCCUGCGCCAGGGAUCACAUGCCUUUGACUCUCAACACGGUAAAUUGUACUGCAAGCUUCACUUUGAUCAACUUAACAACGGGACAAGCCUGCAUAGGAAUGUGUCGACACGUUUGAAUCAUUUUGGAAGUCGGUUUGAGGGGCGAUGUGGUGCUGUGGAAGAGGGCGCCUCAUCCAGCUGCACAGCGACCCUGCAGAGCCAGCCUGCAGCAGGUACCUUCAGCUCUGUAUUACGGAAGCAGCUGAGCAGGCCCCUGAGUGUGGCGCGCGCCGUGUGCGGCGCCCCGAGGCGCGUGUGCCGCCAGGUGCGAGGGGGGGCACGGGCCUUCGCUCGACACCUCAGCGACAACGCCCGGGACUAUGCCUUCCUGUACGAGCUACUGAGCUUGACUUUACCCUUGCUGCUCAUCUUGUACGACGUUCUGCUGCAGAUGCAAACAGAGGCUGUGCCUAGCGGGUCGGGCUCUUGGGUGCUGUGGGUGUAGGAGUGUACCGGGCCCAGGCUCGGAGAUACCCAAAUCUUACUGCCAAGGUUUUUUGUUUGUUUUGUUUUUAAAAUUAUUAUUUUUAUUCUUUUGUUUUAGGUUGCACCGAAAACAUGUUAUUAGUUAAAUAGCAUAUCUGCCCAAGUCACUUUUCUAUGUUUUUGGAAAACAAGAAAAGAAAAAUCACAACAAAUUCAACACGCAAGAAGCCUUGUUUCAGCCUUUGUGGAUUACAGUGAUCUGGAUGACUGAGAAUCGAAUCGACGACUGUUAAGAUUUUUGUUUUCUUUUUUAGCAAAGACAUUGGCGUGUGUGUGUUUAUUUUUUUUAAUUGGUUGUGAGUUGAACAUGACUUGAUGUGACAACGAUGUGAUUAGGAUUCAACCAAAUACUCAUAGCAGAAUUUUUUCCCAUUUUGAUCCAGAAGAAAGUCUAUUUGGAGCAUCUGAACAUACUUCGUGUUUCCCAAAUACUGGACCAAAACAGGAUGUAAUUUCAAUAGCAUAGCCUUUGAAUGUGCGCACACAUAAAGUGAAAGUAAAAGCGGAUUUUUAUUCAUUUUUAAAUGGAAUUGAAUGCAAUCGAAGCAAAGUCCUUGGUUGAGCAUCCACUGUAAUUUGCACACUGCUUCAUUGAAAUACAGGACAUGAGCAAAACUGAAGUUAACUUUAUUUUUGGCUAGAGCGAGUGCGCUUGACUUGAGAUGUCAGGCCGCUUAAAAUGUCAAAUGGUUGCUGGGUGAAAAAAAGUGAUCCUCAGAGUGGCUCUUGCAGCACACUUGGAGUUGCUUUACUCAGGUCAUGAUGACUGACUGCCUUCAUGCACUUUAUAUUUGAGGACCGCCUUAAGGAUUUAGCAGCAGCAACAAAAAAAAACCCAAAAAAAUUCAAACGUGGACUGAAUGUGCGAUUUGCUUAAAUGACAGUUUGUUCAGACUGUAUAUAGUCUGUACUUUGCUGCCAUCUACUGUCGAGUCUCAGCAAAACAAGGGCGUCAAAUCAGUCAUUUCAGUUCUUUCUAGAAAGACUGAAAGACUCUUUAUUUUACUUUUGUUUAUUUUAUUUCUUUUUGUUACUGUGGACAAAAGAUGCUGGAAAACUUGCCACUCUUGCCGUUACUUGUUUUACCAAAAAUCCUCCCAGUGGCCUCCUCCACCUAUUGAAGCUUAUUUAGCACUCUGGAGAUUUUUGUAUGUUGUUUUUGUUUACAGAAAAGCGGAGAUGGAUAGGCUCUCAGUGAGUUACCGUAUAUACAUUCUGCACCUCUGAAACAACUAAGUAUGGAGUUCAUGAGUCAACAGAUGGAAAACCUCAUUGUUUUCAAAUACCUGUUCCUAGAAUUAAAAAAAACAAAACAUGUGACUCAAGCCAACUUGUGCAAAUGUUUGUUUACACAAGGCCUCCACAAUUGUGAAACCAAUGAUGGCGUGUCUUUUCCCUUCUAAAUGUCAGUCCUGUGCCUCCUUGUAUUUAAAAUUCUCUGCUUUAUUCCAACGUUUUCCUUUCUCCGUCUGUAUGCUCUUUUGUGUUUUAGGCGGUUCUCUUCGCCUCGUAUGAUGUGUCUGAGCCGACUGGAUGGUUACAAAUGUCGCGUUAAAGGUGAUCACGUGCAUGGUCACAAGGUUGUGUUGUUGUACUUCCCGCGGACAUCAACAUCCAAAUAACUAAAUUGUCGCUGUGCUUUAACUGCAUUUACAAUUGUGAGUUGAUUAAAGUUGGCCCUGGCUUUGACAUUA